GUCUAUUUGAGGCGUCGCGACGCCGUGGUGCAAUGAUCAGAUCAGAAUCAGUCGGUAGGUCGCAUCACGGGAAAAGGUAAAGUGCCGUCAAAGAGAACGAGAGAAAUACAGUAGUCGCAACCGAGAAGACGAGUAGAAUUUGCAUUCGAUUUGUAUAAACGUCCGUGCGUCCCCGAAGCGUUUCGGAGUUUCACGAGUUAAAUAAGUGACGUGUUUGCAAGGUGAUUAGCUUCAUCUCGCCCUUAAUAGAAUGGCAGCGGACGACCCCCUCCGCAACGAACCUUUAGUUUCCGUCGAGUUCGAGGUCUUUGGCAAGGUGCAGGGUGUAUAUUUUCCAAAGUACGUGAGGGACAUAUGCCAACAACUGGGGAUUUGCGGUUGGGUGAAGAACAGCAAGGCCGGCACGAUACUUGGAAAAAUGCAGGGACCACGCGCGCUCGUCGAUCAAAUGGCACAAUGGUUGACGGAAGUAGGAAGUCCAGGUAGCGAGAUUGAUCGUUGCGAAUUCACCAAUUGGGAAGGCGUUAGUAGGCUACAGUACAAAGGAUUUGUCAUACGUUUUUAAUAAAAUUACGUUUUUUCAACUUGGCGUAUCAUUGGGAAAUGAAUCGACGAUACGCGUUUCUCUAAAACGGACCAAAGCCCACUGAUACAGUUUACAAUUUGCAGAAAUCAAAUUUUCAUUCGCGCAAGAAUAAUAACCUUGCAAUUAUAUAUGCGUAUGGACUAUUUCAAACAAAACUGUUAUAAGAUUGUUAAUAACACGCAGUGCCCGAUUGCUUCGGUAAACUUCGAAAUUGUGACAUUCAAAAGUAUAAUCGUUGAAACCACACG